AUGCUCCCAAACGCAUGCCUUUCGCUCUCCUUCGCCGCACUCGCUGCUUUCUCCCCCUUUGUAGCGGCAGCACCUCGCCAGUGUCCUCCCCUCGGCCCCGUUCUGCCGGCACCACGGCAGCCCAGCCAGCAUGUCGCGGUCCGGUCAGCCGUCGAGGCCAUCGUCACGUCCCUAAAAGCGGAAAUAGGAGGCUUCAACUACUCCGCCAUCUCCAUCGGCGUCCAGUCCAUCCACGAAGACGCGCCCUUGAUCGACCUCCACCACACGCCCCCUCAUCUCCACCCCGAGCGCGGCGCCAGACAGGUCAACUCCAGCACCGUGUAUCGCAUCGCAAGCAUAUCCAAGGUCUUCACGGUCCUGGCGGCGCUGCAGCAGGCCGAAAGGGGCGUGCUGAGCAUGCACGACCCCGUUACGCGGUGGCUUCCCGAGCUAUCGGGAUCCGGACGCAACAGCAGCCGUGACUCGGAGCACGAGCUUGAUGAGGUGGAUUGGGACAGCAUUACUGUAGAGGCUGUUGCGGCGCACUUGGCAGGCAUCGGAGCCGACAUUGCUACCGACCUUGCGGCCUUUCCCGGGGACUGGCAGGCUCUGGGCCUUCCCGAGAUCCCUUCCGGUGUGAAGAGGCCGGACUGUUCGGGAGCUCAGGGCAUUCGCCCUUGCACGCGAGAGGAUCUCCUGGAGGCAUAUCAGCAUCGCCGGCCGCCGGUGUAUCCACCCAACCAGUCGCCGGUGUAUUCCAACGGCGGCACUUCGCUUGUCGGUCUUGUUGUCGAAGCGGCGUCUAACAGGACCCUCAGCGCGGUCCUCCAGGACAUGAUCCAAGGGCCUCAGGGGCUGGGGCUGCGGCAUACCACUGUCGGCAACGUGCCAGACAACGCAGAGAACAUGUUCAUCCCCGUUGGAGGCACCGAUUGGGACCGAAAUCUAGGCGUUUUCGAUCCAUCGGGCGGCAUCAACUCCAACACAGCCGAUCUCCUCGCCUUCAUGGUCGGCAUCCUCAAGAACCGUGCCCUCCCUCCCUCGUCAACCCGCCGCUGGCUCAAGCCGGCCACCUUCACGUCGGGCUGGAGCGGCGCGGUGGGCGCGCCGUGGGAGAUCUACCGGCUCGACAACCUGACCACUGGCACCUCGGACGGUUCUGGGUCUUCAGGCCGCAUCACCGACCUGUACACCAAGGGCGGCACCCUGGCCGACUACCACUCGGCCGCCGUGAUGGUCCCGGACUACGGCCUCGUCCUCUCCGUGCUCGCGUCGGGCCCUGAGAUCAUGGGUCUCCUGCCGCAGCUCGUGGCCCUGCGCGUGGCCGAGGCGCUCAUCCCGGCCCUGGACCAGGCAGGCAAGGAGGAGGCGAGGCAGAGGUUCGCGGGCACGUAUGUCGACCCGGAGAGCGGCUCGCGCCUCACGCUGGCUGUGGGUGAUGAUGAUGAGGAUAAGGAUGGCGCCUCUGGGCUGGUGCUGAGCGAUUGGGUCGUGCGCGGCUUCGACGUGCUGCCGCAUCUGGACCGGUACCACCCGACGAGGGUGAACAGUACGGCCCCCCGCUCGGAGCUCCGAAGCGUUCGGUUGUAUCCGACGGGGCUGGAGACGGAGCGGCGGUCUGCGUGGAGGGCUACCUUUCCUAGUUUUACUGACGAGGAUGCGGAGCUGGUUGACGGGAGCACCAGGUUGCGUGACGCGACGUGUGUCUCGUGGCAGAUGGCCGAUCGGCUCACGUAUAAUUACUUGGCGAUGGACCACUUCGAGUUUCGGUUUGGGGAGGGUGGACAUGAAGCGGUUAGCGUCAAGUCGAAGGCGUUUGAUGUUGAGAUGGCGAGGGUUUCCAAUAACGGGACUCAGGGUCGUUAA